CUCGUACUCUUUAGUCAGGUUCGCAAUCUUCCAAUUCAGUUCCGGAUACGAGGGCACACACAAGGUUCAACCAUGGAUCUCGUGCUGAACGUUGCAGACUUUUACGUCCUCACCCCGUACGUGUACCCCACAUCGUGGCCUGAGGACGGGGCUCUGCGGCAGAUCAUCAGCCUGAUGGUGGUGACGAACCUUGGAGCUGCAGUCCUGUAUCUGGGCCUGGGGGCCAUCAGCUACUAUUUCAUCUUUGACCAUGAUCUGAUGAAACACCCACAGUUCUUAGAGAAUCAGGUUCGUAGGGAGAUCAAAUAUGCUCUUACGUCUCUUCCCUGGAUCAGCAUCCCCACGGUAGCUUUGUUUUUUGCUGAAGUUAGAGGCUACAGCAAACUGUACGAUAAUGUCAGCGAUUCUCCACUGGGUUGGCCUGGUCUUUUCCUGAGUAUGAUCUCGUUCCUGUUUUUCACUGACAUGUGUAUCUACUGGAUUCAUCGCUUUCUACAUCACAAACUUAUCUAUAAGAUGUUCCACAAACCACACCACAUAUGGAAGAUCCCCACUCCCUUCGCCAGUCAUGCCUUUCAUCCAGUAGAUGGCUUUAUGCAGGGACUCCCAUACCACAUCUACCCUUUCCUCUUCCCUCUCCACAAAGUACUCUACUUACUACUGUACGUUUUUGUCAACAUCUGGACCAUUUCUAUCCAUGAUGGCGACUAUCGUGUUCCAAGGGGUCUGACUGCUGUCAUCAAUGGCUCGGCUCACCACACUGACCACCACCUCUUCUUUGACUACAAUUAUGGCCAGUACUUUACACUGUGGGAUCGUCUGGGAGGCUCCUACAGGCACCCCUCAGGUUUAAAGGGGAAGGGUCCCCAUGAUUUGAUCAGGAAACUUCAAGCAGAGGGAAAGUUAGUAGGUGACAAAGGGAAAGGGCAAGUGAAUGGACACAGUUGGAGAGAAGUAACACACAAGGAGGAGUAACGACUGGUCAAAACAUAAGUAUUUUUAUAAUGACAGCUCCCCACACUCAGCUGGAAAACAUCCUGGACAAGAAGUAAAUCCUGUAUCUGCCAAAUGAGCCUUUGUAAGAUUUGAGAUUUUGCGAAGAAGGUGGCUGCCUCUGAAUCCAUGUUAUUACACAUAUGCUUUGGGACUGCUCCAUGUGCAGAAGUACCAGUCAUGUCAAUGAAACCAAAAGCACAAGAAACUACUGAUGAAUCAAGAAUCGACAGAAAGAAGGUUUAAGGAGCAUCAGAAGGGUUGAACUCGCUACUCUGAGCGACGCAAACAAAUGACUGAAUCAGAGUGUGACUUCAGGGUUCACAUCAGGGUCGGUCUCACAAAAACUGACUUUGAGGAAAGCUUCAACAAGUAGUUCAGCUUCUGGAACUCAUGAAAGAGUGACUUAUUUAAGGGAAAAUAUUUGUGUCUCCCAACAGCUUCGGACAACUUAAUUUUCCUCUGAGUUUGCCACUGUUGACUCUGAGCAACCAGCUGACUAGUAAGAGUUAGAAUAAUUACUGAAGUCCAUAGAAAAAAGAAAAGAAAACACAGAACAUAGAAAAUAAUUAAAAAUGUCAUUGAUACUAUAUCACAGAUUUUCACUUAAAAAUUUCAUUUUAGUCAACACUAAUUAUAAAAUUUUAUGGUUGAUAUAUAAAAUAUAUUUUUGCACUUUAAUUAAAUUGUGUGUGACCAUUACUGUUGUACAUCCUUUGGCUAAUUACAUUAGCUUUAAUCUCAGCUUGAGCUAAUACAUCAUAUGGAUGGAAAUAAAUGUACCAUGACAUUUCUUUCUGUUGCAUAUUAAUCAGAGUUCAUUCUCACCCUGUUCAGGUAUUAAAUCAUUGUUAAAAUGAAAUUAAA